UGACUUUGACAUUUUGGAAUCUCACCACCCUGUGCCAAACAUAACCUAAAAGCAAUAACACGAUUGCUGUCGAUUUGUUUACCGCCUAAUUUUCGUAAAUAUUCACUACUUUUCGGAAUGUCAGAGAAACCAAAGGGGUCAGGUGGUGGCGGAGGAGGUGGCGACAACAAGGAGAAGCGUCGCAAAGAAUCCAUCCUCGAUCUCUCAAAGUACCUCGAAAAGACAAUCCGCGUGAAAUUCGCUGGCGGUCGAGAAGCGGCUGGUGUCCUUAAAGGAUAUGAUCCUUUGUUAAACUUGGUUUUGGAUAACACAGUCGAAUAUCUACGCGACCCAGACGAACCUUUUAAACUGGCGGAGGAAACUCGCAGCUUGGGGCUGGUUGUGUGUCGCGGCACCUCCGUCGUUCUGAUCUGCCCCCAAGACGGUAUGGAAUCCAUACAGAACCCUUUCAUUGCCCAGGACAAUUGAAACACGGAAUAGUUUGUCAAUGAACACUUGUAAAAAUGUUUUAUUAUUUUUCUAAAAUAACAUUAACGCUUAGGAAAUAAGGCAAUAAAUAGUAAGAAUUUCCGAAGGAA